GUCAUACUAAGGCAGAGGGUGGGUGGGGAAAAGAGGAGGAGGUUCGGGAGGUUAGUUUGGCGCCCGGGCCGGUGGAGAGUGUGGUUGUGGGGGGUCGAUUACCGGUUAGGGAGGUAGAGGAAGAAAAGAAGAGAAAAGGAAGAAAGGAAAGGACCGCAGGAGCAGCGAUUCAGAUGCACGGAUAAUCAUGGGACAGACAGGCAAGAAAUCCGAGAAAGGGCCGGUGUGCUGGAGGAAGCGUGUGAAAUCGGAGUACAUGCGCUUAAGGCAGCUCAAACGCUUCAGGCGAGCAGAUGAAGUAAAGAGUAUGUUUAACUCCAAUCGACAGAAGAUUUUGGAAAGAACGGAGAUUCUAAACCAGGAAUGGAAGCAACGAAGAAUCCAGCCUGUGCACAUCAUGACUUCUGUAAGCUCUCUACGAGGGACCAGGGAGUGCUCGGUCACAAGUGAUUUUGAUUUUCCAAAACAAGUUAUACCGCUAAAAACACUCAACGCUGUAGCCUCUGUGCCUAUCAUGUAUUCUUGGUCUCCUCUCCAGCAAAAUUUUAUGGUUGAAGAUGAGACGGUGUUGCAUAACAUUCCCUAUAUGGGUGAUGAAGUGUUAGACCAAGAUGGGACUUUUAUUGAGGAACUCAUAAAGAACUAUGAUGGAAAGGUGCAUGGAGACAGAGGGGUGUAUUGUGUUGCAGAAUGUGGCUUUAUUAAUGAUGAGAUAUUUGUGGAGCUAGUGAAUGCGCUUAGCCAAUACAGUGAUUAUGAGGACGACGAAGAUGGCGAUGACAAUCAAGACUAUGAAAGGGAUGACAAAACAAAAGAUCUCGAUGACAACAGCAUGGAAGAUCAGGAGCCCUGUCAACCACGAAAGUUUCCCUCAGAUAAGAUUUUUGAAGCAAUAUCCUCUAUGUUUCCAGACAAGGGCACAUCUGAAGAACUGAAAGAGAAGUACAAGGAACUAACGGAACAGCAGCUUCCAGGAGCAUUGCCACCUGAAUGCACCCCAAACAUAGAUGGACCAAAUGCAAAAUCCGUACAGAGGGAGCAGAGCCUGCACUCAUUCCACACCCUCUUCUGUAGACGGUGCUUCAAAUAUGACUGCUUCUUGCAUCCACUUCACGCCACUCCCAACACAUACAAAAGGAAGAACAAUGAAGCUGCCAAUGAUGGGAAACCUUGUGGGCCCCACUGCUACCAGCUUUUGGAAGGAGCAAGAGAAUUUGCUGCCGCUUUGACAGCAGAGAGGAUAAAGACCCCACCAAAACGCCCUGGUGGUCGUAGGAGAGGUCGUCUUCCCAACAACACCAGCAGACCCAGCACACCAACUGUCAAUGUGUCUGAAUCAAAGGACACAGACAGCGACCGAGAAGCUGGUACUGAAACUGGAGGAGAGAGCAAUGAUAAGGAAGAGGAGGAGAAAAAGGAUGAGACGUCAAGUUCAUCCGAGGCAAACUCUAGAUGCCAGACUCCAAUAAAGAUGAAGGCAAAUGCUGAACCCCCUGAAAAUGUGGAGUGGAGUGGGGCAGAGGCAUCCCUCUUCAGAGUCCUCAUUGGCACCUACUACGACAACUUCUGUGCAAUUGCAAGGUUAAUUGGCACCAAGACGUGUCGGCAGGUGUACGAGUUUAGAGUAAAGGAGUCCAGUAUCAUUGCACCUGUUCCCACUGAGGAUGUUGAUACUCCUCCGAGAAAGAAAAAGAGAAAACACAGGUUGUGGGCUGCACAUUGCAGAAAAAUACAGCUGAAGAAAGAUGGCUCCUCCAAUCAUGUUUACAAUUACCAGCCGUGUGACCAUCCCCGGCAGCCUUGUGACAGCACCUGUCCAUGUGUCAUCGCCCAGAACUUCUGUGAGAAGUUCUGUCAGUGCAGCUCUGAGUGCCAAAACCGCUUCCCCGGAUGCAGAUGCAAGGCGCAGUGUAACACAAAGCAGUGUCCUUGUUACCUGGCUGUACGCGAGUGCGACCCGGACUUGUGUCUAACAUGCGGUGCCGCCGAUCACUGGGACAGCAAGAACGUAUCCUGCAAGAACUGCAGCAUUCAGCGGGGAUCUAAGAAGCAUUUACUACUGGCUCCUUCUGAUGUCGCCGGCUGGGGGAUCUUCAUCAAAGACCCUGUGCAGAAAAAUGAGUUCAUAUCUGAAUACUGUGGAGAGAUCAUAUCUCAGGAUGAAGCAGAUCGGAGGGGAAAAGUUUAUGAUAAAUAUAUGUGCAGCUUCCUCUUCAACUUGAACAAUGAUUUUGUAGUCGAUGCAACACGCAAAGGCAACAAAAUUCGCUUUGCAAACCAUUCUGUGAAUCCAAACUGCUAUGCAAAGGUAAUGAUGGUUAAUGGAGAUCACCGAAUAGGAAUUUUUGCAAAGAGAGCCAUUCAGACCGGUGAAGAACUUUUCUUCGACUACAGAUAUAGCCAAGCUGAUGCUCUGAAAUAUGUGGGAAUUGAGAGAGAAAUGGAAAUCCCUUGAUUCCAGCUACCUCCUCUGUAAGCCACAUGCCUUACCUACUUCAGGAAUUUCUAAUACUGAUGUUGCAAUUUUAGAUAAGAAGAAAACAAAAUGCAAGUUGAAGUUCUGACAAUACCAUGUACUGUAAAAGUAAUUUAUAGUGAAAAUAAAAAUCAAUUAUUAUUAUCUUUGCCAGCUGCAAACUGUUUUGUACCAAUGAAUUUUUUGGCAAUAAUGUAUUGUGGUACAUUUUCCACCUCAAAUAAAAUAUACUUGAACUUCUG